AACCCUAGACUAGUUAUAACACAACAUAACCUGCAAGGCGUAACGAAUGUGGGAUCGUUUUGUCGACGUUUGUUUUGUGUAACAAGUCAAUCCUUGGUUUUAAUUUUAAGUGUUUCAGAAAUGGGUUCGAGCAGUAAGAAAUCUAAAGAUAAAGAUAGGAAACGUCGACAUAGUAGCCGUAGUAGUUCCCUAGAGCGCGAAUAUCGUGAGAAAAAACAUAGGCAUCAUAAAAAACAUCAUAAAGAAAAGAAAAAAGAAAAGAUAAUAAAGCAAUAUGAAUAUGAAAGUGAUUCUUCUGAUGUUAUUGAAGUUAUCCCUGAUGAAGAAGCUUCUACUCCUCCUCCUCCUAAAAUUCAGUGCAUUCAUUCUCCUGAAAUUGGACAUGGUCAAUCAUCAGAAAGUUUAUCAGUAGACGAAACAAAUAAACUAAGGGCAAAGUUAGGACUUAAACCUUUACACAUUGACAGUAAAUCAGACAAAAGCUCAAAACAAAAAGAAGACGGAAAAAGAAAAGAUGAUUUGGGGGAAUUUUAUCACAAACCAGCAGUAAAUAUUGCUACAAAGCAUCAACAGGAAAAGAUACGAGAAAAACUGACACAACAUAAAGAGAAACGCCACUUGGACCAAAAACUUUCUAAAGUGAAGUUGCUUGGUGAAGCUGAUAGUGAUAUUGAUGAUACAUUAAAAUGGAUUGAAAAAAAUAAGAAAAUUGUUAAAGCUAGACAGGAAGCUGAGAAAAGAGCAAAAAUGUUGGAAGAAUUAGAUGCUCAGUUUGGUGUAGGAGAAGUAGUAGAAUCUGAGCAGCGACUCAAAAGAAAUUUACAGUAUACUGAAAAGAACUUACAUGGCUUAGAGGUAGAACAUGACACUGAAAAUUUUAAAGAGGGCCAAACCAUUGUUUUAACUCUUAAAGAUAAAGACGUUUUAGAUGAAGACGCAGAUGUUUUAGUUAAUGUUAAUUUGUUGGAAGAUGAAAGAUACAAAAAGAAUGUAGAAAACAAAAAGCAAAAACCAGAUUAUAAUCCUUAUGAUAUAGAGGAUAUAGAUGAAUUUGGCAAUUUAAAAACUAAAUCUUUACUUUCUAAAUAUGAUGAAGAAAUUGAGGGCACAAAGAAAAAUAGCUUCAGGAUUGGUUUUGAUAAUGCUGCUGAACGUAGACAGGUAAUAAUGAAUACUGUUAAAGAAAAACUUGCAAAUAAGAGGCUAGAAAGUCUGCAAACACCAGAGCUUACAAUAGCCUCUGAUUAUUAUUCAGAACAAGAGUUGGCCAAAUUUAAGAAGCCUAAAAAGAAAAUAAAAAAAUUACGAUCAAAACCACAGACUAUUGUUAGUGACCCAGAAGGCUCAAAGUUUUAUACCAGAAGACCUAAGAUUAAAGAAGAUACAGAUACCAUUAUUACAGAUGAUGUUCCUGCUGUGGAUAUUAAGCCAGAUAUUAAAGUAGAAGAGGACAUUGAUGACACAUUGGAAAGAGCUUUGCAUAAAGCGAGAAAAUUAAAACAGAAGGAGGCAAUUACAACUAAUAGUUUUACUUCUGUUUCUGGUAUAAAAGAUGAGCCACAAGAAGAUGGAUUAGAUCCAGGUGCUAUUGUUUUAAACACAACUGCAGAGUUUUGCAGAACCCUUGGAGAUAUUCCAACAUACGGUAAAUCUGGGAAUCGCGAGGACACUGAAGAUUUAUUAGAUUAUGAAAAGGAUGCUCAUGAAGACGUAGAAAUGGAUAUGGAAGCGGUAGAGGAGACUACCGGAGGUUGGAAUGCUGUCGAUCCCAAUCGUUCUCAAGAAGUUUCCGUCGUUGCCCCUUUCGAAGUUCCCAUUCUUGAUGAAGAACCGGAUGUCGGUUCGGGCGUAGGAGCCGCUUUAAAAUUGGCAAUGAGCAAAGGCUACCUCGAAAAAGAGGACAAAGCGCGUCCGUCAAAUUCUAAAUUAGCUCAUUUGCAAGCACAACAUUAUUCAAUAGAAGAUAAAAGUUACGGGGAAGAUUUCGAUCGUGGUGCAAGACGUGAACGGUACACUGGUCCUAUUAUGGACUUUAAAGAGAGAGAUGCUUUCAAACCGAAUGUUAAAUUAGAGUAUAUAGACGAUGAGGGACACGUAUUGAAUGCGAAAGAAGCGUUCAGAUAUUUAUCACAUAAGUUCCAUGGAAAGGGACCCGGGAAAAAUAAAAUCGAAAAGAGACUUAAGAAACAGCAACAAGAAGGGUUGAUGAAAAAGAUGAGUUCAACAGAUACUCCAUUGGGCACCCUCAAUAUGCUCCAAGCCAAACAAAAGGAGAUGCAAUCCCCGUUCAUUGUAUUAUCUGGGGGUAAACAUACCCAUUCUACGACAAUUUCCAAGCCUAGAAAUUAAACUUUAACUUAAAAUCUAUAUUUAUUUAUCGUAUCCUAUAUUCAUAAGGAGAUUAACUUUCUUUUAGAUUGUAAUUGAGAAUCAGUUUAAACUACGUAUUAAUUGACGAUAAUAGGAAAUAUUUUAAGCAAGUUUAAAUUAUGUAUAUCAAGGCGGAACGCAAUUUUAAAAAACUAUAAUGUUUCAAUCCACAUCUCCACUUUUCUGUAGAGAAAUAAAAGCAACUUAUUAUAAUUUAUUUAAUAAGUGUACGAAGAUUCGUACCAACAUCAAAUUAUAAUGUUUAAUAUGUAUAUACAGCCAUGAAUAUAUUAAAAUAAUUAUUAUUUAUGUGAACGUUAUGAAAUCGUUGAGUUUUAUUUCAUUGACCGUAUUCCGAAAAAAAGUGAGUACGUAAGAGAUUGGGAUAGUCUUGUCACUUUUGGCCCAAAUAAUACUGAUUGUUCUUAACAUGUUUUUUUUUACAAUUUUGUAUUUUUUUUGUCAUUAAAGUAACAAAACAUUCCCAGAAACAUCUCUUCGCAAAUAGUACUAGUUUUAAACAUAUUUUUACAGUUUAUCGUGUCCUGUUCCUUACAACCCACAAUAGUAUUUCCUCCAAAGCUUUGCUAACAAUAAGUUCAGUCUUUUCUAUUUUGUUAUAUGGGAACAAAAUUUCCAUUCAUCAUCUUUCGAAACGAACAUUAUUGCUGUUGCAAAAGAAACAGGAUCACAUCUUAAAAAUAAAUGAAAUCAGAUUUACUGCAGUAGGUGACAAAAUGUUCAUUCUUUCUUUUUACGGGACAUGUGUAAGAAAUGUACAAAAUUUUCAUAAAUAUCUUAUUUACAAACACAGAAAUAAUGGCAUAUGUACACUACAACUCGAGUGGGACCGCUGCGCUAGGAUGCUUGUAAGUAUAUGCGUGUAUCCACAUGCAUAUAUCGUCCUAAUGCGAAACAAUGAAAUAAAAUAACCAUUAUAACUUUUAGUGUGAUGUAUGUAUUUGUCAGAUAACGGGCACUGGGAUACUGAGGACUUCGGCCGCGCCUGCGCGAACGGUCCCGGGCGCCUCCACUCAGCUUCUUAAAUUAUCAAAACUUUCACAGAAUCAAAUCAACUUUUGUAACAAAAAAUAUAUAUACGUACGUCUAUGAUGACGAUAAUCCAACAUAAAAAAACUAUACACAUAAUCGAUUUUAAAUACAUAAACUAAAAAAGUAUUACAGUUAUAUCAUGCAUCGACAAAUUAAAUAUCAAGAAUUUAAAUUUUGAAUAUUUGUAUACCAAAAUUUUACUACAUAUUUCGAUGCUAGUAAUGUUCGAAAUAUACUGUAGCAAUACGAAUUUUUAUUUUAUUAAGUUGAAACUUCACGAAUUAUUAACUAUUUAACAAA